UUCUUUUCAAUAUUACAGAAUGUAAUGGAUGAAAUUGACAAGUUUAUGAAUGGUGGAAUCACCAAUAUACCAAAUGUUACUAUCUUAACACCAGAACUUAAAAAAGCCUUAGAAGAUUUUGCAAACUCAUCCAUAUCUCCAAGUGUUAUCACAAGUUAUGAAACAGAGUUAAACAAAACACCCAUUCCAGAUUUGAAUACAACAAUAGCUGAUUUGAGAAGUAAUAAUCUUAAUGAACAAGCAGACAUGAUUCAAAGCUUUCGAGAUGUAGAAUUAAAAAACUUUACAGUCAAAAUGGACGAUUUGAAAACAGCACUGAGUGUUUUAAAGGGCCACACAAAUUUACAGGGAGCAGUAAAUAACCUGACAACAUCUCUUGGUGCAUCUGAACUCAAAUAUAAUUCUGAGAAAGAGCAGCUUGUGGAAGAUGGACUAAAUAAGACAGUGAAUAACGUAAAAAACUAUACACUUGGUACAAUUGAAAAUGUUAAAAAUGAGGUGAGGUACAAUAUAGGGAAAUGUAAACCUGUAUAUGAAGCUGUUCAAAAGUUAUCAGACUCCAUCUGUCUGGUUCUGUUAGAUCCUUAUAAUACCUUCUGGUUUGGAUUAGGUUGGGGAAUAUUUUUCUGCAUUCCAAGCAUAAUAUUUGCCUUGCUGCUGGCAAACAUGUACCAGAGAGAAGAGAAGUUUGAUAAAGAUCUUCACAAAGCCAAGAAGGAGAGCAGACAGAAGCAAGAACGGCAGGACUUUGACAGCCCAAUGAUGGAGCAGUACCAUGAUGAUAGCAUUCCAUUAACCAGUCCUCCAAAUGGUGGAUAUGGUCGAUCAAACAAUGGGGCGGUCAACCAAGGCUACUACAAUGAUCGCCGUGACGAUUAUCACCGUGGAAAUCAGUACCGUGAUGAUUAUCGCCAUGACGAUUAUCGGGGCAGUCGAGGGGACCCGUACUAUAGGCAGGGUGAGCGAGACUACCCCCCUCCCUCCUAUCAUGACUCCCGUCAUUACCCCGGCCCAGGGCCUCAUGACGCUUACCCAGUGCUGCCCACAAAGCAACGAUACUAAUUAUCUGCACUAGCAGGAGACUGGUGACAAAAACUGAAUGUUAAUUAUCCAAAGACUUAAUUAUCUAGAGAAUUAUCUGAAGAUCGAGAUUUAUCUGAGGAAAUAGAAUUAUCCAGAGAUUUAAUGCAGAGCUGUGAUAUGAUCUCAUAUACCAAAAAGCCCAGAAUCAUGGAUUUCAUGAUCCGAAAAAAUGUUAAAUUUGUUACCAGGAGAAAAAAAAUCACAGGUUGUUGUUUGUUGGAAUAUGAAAACCAGUGUCAAUUUGAUUGUAGUCAAAGAUGACAUUUUGUUAUUUGAUGUUGAACCAUUUGUUUUUCAUGCUAACUUUGUAUUUAGGAAUUGGGAAGUGAAAGCUUUUAAAGUUUGAAUGAAUGGCAUGAAAGAACACUAUUGUUUGUCAAUUUUAAUUUUUAUAUUUCAAAAAUGAACCUUGUGCUAUCACUUUUUUGUUUAUAGGAUAUUUCUAUAUAAGAAUUGAUUUUUUUGAUCACAGAGUUCUUAUUUUGUUUUUAUAUUGGCAAUUUGUAGACAUUUAUGAUUUUUCUGUUUUGCUCACAAAGUUCUUAAACUGUCUUUCCCAUAAAGGUUUUUUUGUUUGUUUUGAAAACAAAGAUCAUUCCACAAGAUGUCAUGGCUCAAAAAUUAUUUCUCUACAUUAUUUAUUACCCCUUCAUUCCAAACUACUAUCUAACGGGUCUAACGUUCUGUUCUGUUCUCUUUUGUAUGUUUUUGUUUUUUAAACCUAUAUGCUAGUGUGUUCAGUUAAAAUCUGUGUACAUAUAUAUGUUCGUUAUGUGAGUAAAAUUGAGAAAAACAUUUUUUUUUUUUUCAAAACAAAAAUGGUGCUAUAGUUUUCCAACAUUUUCUGUUUCCCAAUUCAGAUUUGAUAUAUGACCCUAAAAUGGCUUAUAUUUCAGUGAUUGUUAGCCCUAGUUUAUUUUUGUGUGCUGCUAACUUAUUUUAAGCAUACUUAUAUUUUGAAAACACUUUUAUUAAAAAAACAACAACAUAAUAUACAUGUUAUAUGGUGUAUUGUAUUAUAUUUUUCUUUGAUAGGUAAGUUUUGUCGGAUCCAUAUUUAGAAAAAAAGGAGAAAUGUCUGUUUGUAAUAGCAACAAAUUUAUGUUGCUUAAAUGUUCAUAUAUUCAUGUGUUUUUGGUACAAAAGAUUUUGGAGUAUUGUGAUUUGUAUUUAAAAUCAUUUUCAUUAAAAAAAAUAUACAUGUACUUGCAUAUCAGAUGUACUAUGCAAAUAUUAGAAGGUUGCUAUAGGGACAGUACAUUGUAUAUGGGGUGUGUCAAUGAUCAAAAUAGUUGCAUAAAUCUGUGAACUUGAACAAUAUGCAAGCUUAGCUGCUGUGUAAGAACAGCUAGGGUUAAUUAGUGCAUUCACUAGAUCUAGAUAUCUAACAUAGCAGCUAGCCUAGCUGCUAUGGUGUUAAAACCAUCCCAUAAAUAUGAAUUUGUUACAGAGAAUGGUAGGUCAAUAAUAUUUACUUUUGCAAAGAAUUAGAUUUGUUGUUGGUUAAGUUAAAAUAGAAAGUACUGUUAUUUGUGAUUUUUUCUUCAUUUUUUGAUCAUUGUUUAAUCAAUAUUAUUUUUCAAAAGGAUCUUUUGUAUCGAGUAGGUAUAUAUUACAAUUGCCUGAAUUAAAAAAAAAAUAUUUGCUACAAGAAUUUAAAAAUCAGCUAUAAAAUAUCAAUGAUAAUUGUUUUUAAAAAGAAUUUUUAAUAUUUAUAAAUAUAUAUUUAUAUAAAAAAAUGUCUUCUUGCCAAGGCAGCCCUAGCUAGUAAAGAAAUAAUGAUAGAGGCUAAAGUUAAUAUAAUUUUAUGCCCAUUAGAAAACACCUCCAAGUGAUAUGCCUUGAUAUGAUGUGUUUACUCAAUGGAUAACUAAAUUAUAAGAAAGGGAAUUUGAUUAGUUCCAUAUCAAUUUCUCCCAGUAUUUCAACAAAUCAAUGAAAUCUUAAAUAAUACAUAUGUACAUGUAUAAAUGAAUGCUGUGUAGAUGUUGACACCAGAAUUGUCACUUUUGAGGGACAUACAUGUAAUUUAGCAGGUUUAGUGGAAGCCCUGGGUGAAUUUUGUAGUUUUAAAUAAACUGCAGGUCUUAAUUAGUGGAUAGCAAGUGACAUUGGUUUAAUUAAACCAACUGUUAAUUUUCAUUAUUCAUAACCAAGUUAAAAAACAAACUUUUA